UUCUCACAAUCUUCGAUUUCCCUCUCUUCUCUCUCUCUCUCUCUCAGAUCUUAUCGCAUACAGAACCGAAAGCCGUCUCUUUUUCUCUUUUACACGUUCAGGUAUUUCAAAUUCAUCUUCCAAUCUUUUCCCUUCUGCUCGAGAAUUCGAGGAUUGUAGCUUUUUCUUCUUUCUAUUUGGUGCUGUAUUGAUUCUAGGCGGAUUCAAGAAGCUAAUUCGGUUAGUAUUUGAUCCGAAUUUGAAAUUUUUAUCUGGAUUUUUGAAGUUCUGCGGUGGAAUUUUGUUUUGUGUUUGUUUCUGGAUGUUCGAUUGAAGGGAUUAUGGUGAGGGAACAACGAGUUGAAUCGUUUUAUACUAAGCUUCGUGAAUCUGUGGCGGCUUCUUCUUUGUCUCCUCUACUUAUUUUUCCAUCCACUUCUGAUGUAGAUUCUCUCUGUGCCUUGAAAAUUAUUUUUCAAGUUCUUGAAUCCGAUUCGGUUCGCUACGCUUGUUAUCCCGUGUCUUCUUUUCAAGAAAUUCAUAAAUAUGCUGGUCCUAGUUUGACUUCCUCGUCUGCUGAUCCCAUUUCGAUCCUUUUGAUUAAUUGGGGUUGUCAUCGAGAUCUUCGGAAGGUUUUGAGUUUAGGUCCGGCUGCUCGUGUGUUUGUUGUUGAUAGUCAUCGCCCAAUUCAUCUUCACAAUCUAAGUGAUCAGAAUGAACAAGUGGUUGUGCUUUAUACGAAAGACGACGAGCUCCAGGCUGAUUUGGCUUAUGAUUUUGACGUUUCUGCUUUGGCGAGUGCGAGCGAUUUGAACAGCGAUGAUGAGAUUGAUGAGGAAUUGGAUAGUGACGACGACAAUGAUAGCGAAAGCGACGACGAAGAGAGACGUGGAUCAAGGAAAAGGAGAAGGGUUGAAAAGGAAAAUGAGGAUGACCCUGUUCAGAUAUUUAGGAAAUUGAAACGGGGAUACUAUCAAAUGGGUACCUUCCAUGGUAGGCCUUCAGGGUGUUUGAUGUAUGACCUAUCUCAUUCGUUGAGGAAGAACACGAAUGAAUUACUGUGGCUGGCUUGUGUGUCUUUAACAGAUCAGUUUGUUCAUGAAAGAUUGACGGAGGAGAGGUACCAAGCUGGGGUUAUGGAGCUAGAACAACACAUAAACAGUUCAGGAAACUUGAAUGCUGUUAACUCAGUUACUCUUAAAGAUGGCACCAAGAUCCGAGCCCCUGAUGCAUCUAGAAUCACUUAUGAUGAUGAACCCAGACUAAUGCUCUUACAGGAGUGGAAUUUGUUUGAUUCAAUGCUUUGUUCUUCAUACAUUGCAACCAAGUUAAAGACAUGGAGUGACAAUGGAAUGAAGAAGCUCAAAUUGCUUCUAGCACGUAUGGGGUUUGCACUUGUGGAUUGCCAACAAAAGUUCCAAUACAUGAAUAUCGAAGUGAAACGAAAGAUGAAAGACGAAUUCGAGCGAUACCUUCCCGAAUACGGCCUAACGGAUUUCUACUACAGAAGUUUCUUGAGGUUACAUGGUUAUAGCUCAAAAGUGUCAGCAGCAGAUGUAGUAUAUGGGGUCACUGCAUUGCUCGAGUCCUUUGUCAAAUCGGAUGGCACUAGUGCUUCCAAACAGUUCGGAGUAGCUUAUGAUGCAUUAUCAUUGGGCAAUCUUGACAAGCUCAAAGAUGGAAUGCAGCAGGCAAUCAAGGUCCAGAGAUCAAUUCUUAGACAGGGGAGCUCUGCAAUUACAAAGAGUGGUUGCAUAAGAAGUGGUAGGAAAUUUCGUUGGGUGAAGCUUGAAGAUUCCGUAGACACCAAAUUGUUGGGAUAUCCUCAAGCACUCACGAAGUUCUGCUACUUUAUAAUGGAUGCAUUGCGAGAGAAAGGAGCCAGAAUGAAGCCUUUGCUAUGUGCUUGCAUAUCUCAAGAGCCCAACAAAGUAUUGAUCGUUGGAGUUUGUGGGAAGCCGAGGCUGGGGGCAUCUCAAGGCAAUGCAUUUGGGAGAGCAUUCCGGAAUGCGGCGGAGGAAAUUGGCGGAGAGUUUUUCCACGAGAUGUUUGAAUCUUCAUGGAUUCUUCUUGAAAAAACUUCAGUCAACUCUUUCAUGGUCAGAUUGACUCAGAAGCUCUAGUAAGUUUCUUCUUUUUCCUCCAUUUCUAUGGCAUAUCUGUGAAGAUUUCAAUAACUGAUGUGCCUACUUACCAGUUUCAUUAUAGCAUCAGUUGUAGUGAUGAUGAUUUAAUUUCCUUAAAAUCCCAUUGAUUAGUUACUUGUUAUGUUCAAGUAUAACAUUAUCUGGAAGUGUUUUCUUGUCCUUUUUCUUAGAGCUUUCAUGUAACUUCAUCUUUCACUAGACUAUUGAAUAUAAAUUAUUUGUACU